ACGAAAGUGAUCGGAGCACAGGAGAGGCGGCCGACUUGCGUGAGGUACGAAAGAAAGUUACAAAAGUUGAUAUUGUUAUCAAUUCUUGGCUGGAAGUUUUGGAAAGGGAGAACACGACGAAGCUGGAAAACGUGAGCGGGGAUGCAUGGAACGCGCGCCGUCGGGCCGCCGGCAUCGCACGAGCUGCCGGCCGACGUCUGCGAGUGGACGUCCGCGGACGUGGCCCGCUGGCUGACGGCCGACGUCGGUCUGGACCCGACGUUGGCGGACAUCUUGGCCGCAGAGGUGGUGGAAGGACAAUUCCUGCUGGGCUUUGAGAAAAAAGACAUCCUGGACCUGGGAAUCAAGCACGGUCCCGCCGUCUUGAUCAGCAGGUCCCUGGAGCGGCUGAAAAAGGGCGAGAGGGGCGCGGCGCCCCCCUUUUGUGGCGUGGAGACGUGGAGCCCCGAGGUGGUUUUCCAGUGGCUGCUCCCUCACUUGCCUAGAAACCAGGAAUACGCAGACCGCCUCCUGGAGGAAGACGUCUCGGGAAAUUGUCUGCUUUGCUUCGGCAAGAAGGACUUCGUGGACCUCGGCAUCCGGACCGGUCCGGCCGUGCACAUCCUGAAAAAAGUUAGCGAGCUCAAAGACAAAGCGCAACCCGGCGGCGAUGGCGGCGGCGCGGACCGACGGGAUGCGGCCGAAGCUCGCCACAACCGCGCCGAUGGGAAAAAAGGGACGCGAAAGCUCGCGAACAUUCCGGACAACAAUGUUCGCACACUCAAAAGGAAGCAAGUCAAGGAAAAAGCGCAGCCGGCAGUCCACAGCAGAGUGACGGUCCAGAAAAUCCUGGAGGAGCUCGGAGAAAAGGACUUGAAGAAGUUUCACUUCGUCUUACAGGACAAGAGGAAUGGGAAAGACCAGCCGAUGGCUUGGGGGAAGCUGGAGGGCCGCGACACGCUCGACACGGCCAAGAUCCUCAGCGACCACCACGCGGACCGCGCGCUAGAAGUCACCAGAGAGGUUCUGGUCCAGAUCAACCAGAACGACCUCGCCGGCAGACUGGAGAAGAUCUCGGUUGACGCAGGUCAGAUGAUGAGCUGCUCUGAGGAGGCGGAGCUAACGAGAGAGCUGAACCAAGGGGAAAAACUCAAGAACCUGCUGACGUGCGGCGGGAACUCGCUGGACAGUGGCGACCGUUUUGUUGUGGUGGUGAACAAGAGCAGCCCAGAACAAGUCCAGCACCUCCAGUUUCUCAGCAAACUGGAACUCUUCUGCGUGUUGGACUUCGACCCAAACUCCAACGGCCCUCAGGGACUGUGUCGGGCCUACAAGGAGACCCGCGUGGCCAACCUGCACUCGCCGUCGCAGUACAAGGGCCACUUGGACUCCUUGGUCAGCAGCCUGAACCUCUACGAUCAGACCAGCUGGGUCUUCUGCAACGGCAGAAACGACAUCCAGAGCAAUGACAACAAGGAGCUGGACUACAGGACCUGGUGGAAGAAGUAUUGCAAAGAUGUGGAACAUAUGGUGGGGCAGAUCUGCAGCUGUGACUUUGUUCGUAAUGGACAAGGCCUCAUCAUUUUCCUGCUGCUGUCGUCCGUGUAUGUGGACACCGACCCCGUUUUUGAGACCUACCGCUCCUUCCUGAAGUACAUCGAGCAGCAGAGCAUCGUCACCAUCUGUGAAUCCACCGGCGUAUACUCCAAGUGGAAGGAGCUCAUCGCCGACAAGUCUGACUUUGACAUCGACCCGUUGUCCAUCUACGAGCUGACCUUGUCCCAGGUGAACGGGACAGUUGCGGCGCUGGGACCGUUCAGCCAGUCGCCCGCGAUGCUGCUGCCGUCGUCCGACUCCAGCAUCGUUGUCCUGAAGCAAAAGGACAAAGACCUCAUGACAGCCUUGGACAUUUUGUUCCUGAAUCAGUGUGAAAAUGUUUACGAAGACGAAAAGAGUCCAGAGUUCGUCGACUUCCGGAGGCGUCAGGAGGAGGAGUUCUACCGAGGAGGCAAAGUCAAGUGGUGGAACUUUUACUUCUGCGACAAAGACAGCAAGAAGACGUUUGUCAAGAGAGACAAGUACAGCAAUGUGAUGAAAAUGAUUUGCUCCGAGCAGAGAGACGCUUGCGUCCUAAUCAACUUGUACCACCAUCCGGGCUGCGGCGCGACCACCUUGGCCAUGCACGUCAUGUGGGACCUUCGCAGCGAAUUUCGAUGCGCCUUGCUGAAAGACACCAAACUGCCCAAAGAGGAAAUCGCCGACCAGAUCAUUCACCUCAUGAAGCUGGAAAGCAAAAGGCAAUGUCCGGUCUUGCUGCUGGUGGACGACGUGAAGGAGCUGGAUAACCCUUACGACCUGGUCAACUGCAUCCGCAAGGCGGUGGAGGACUCGCAAGGCACCAACGUAGAUGAUGGGCCAAACUGCAAAGUCACGGUGCUCAACUGCGUUCGCUCGCACAUCCCAAAGAAGCUGUGCAAGCAUUCGAACUACAUGCAGUGUCAGUACAUCACCGCCUCGCUGACGUCGCACGAGCAGGGCGAAUUCGAAAAGAAGCUGGAAGAACUCCAGGAGACUCACGAGAAGCCGGAAAACUUUUACACCUUCAUGAUCAUGAAGAGCAACUUUGACCAGAAGUACAUCGACGACGUGGCUCACAACACGCUGAAUAACUUUGACCCCAGCACGGACGACGGCAAGCUCUUCUCUUUUCUGGCACUUCUCAACAACUACGUGGCGGAAUCGGGGAUGGCGCUGUCGCUGUGUGAAGAUUUUUUGGGGGUGAAAAUGACGCGUGACCCAGAGUACCGCGUGCUGGACACAAUGAAGUUGUUCUCCAACGUCCUCAUCGUGGACAGAGUGGAAGAGUGCGGUGGCUACAAAAGGCUGCGGCUCCUCCAUCAUACCAUCGGAGCCGCCUGUCUGGAGGUCUUGGAGAGGAGAUACUUCUUGAAGGUCAGCGACAUCACCUUACAUAUGCUCCACUACGAUCUGUUCUUCAGCGACGGUGUGGUCAAGGACAGACUCAUGCAUUCCAUCGAGCGCAUGUUGAUCCGAAGACAACGCAAGAAAGACGGCGACGAGCGGGAACUCUUCUCUCCCCUCAUAGACAAGAUCCACCAGCAGCAGGGCGGCCAAACGGUGCAGGACAUUUUUGUCAAAGCCUCUUCCAGGUUUCGAGACAGAGCCUCCAUCCCUCAGGCCCUGGCACGCUAUCUGUACAUCAACGAGCGAGACUUUGCCGAGGCGCUCAGGUGGGCCGAGAAGGCCAAGAAUAUUGCGCAAAACCCGUACACCAUAGACACCAUUGCACAAGUGUACAAAAGUAACUUGCGGUCCAACAUGGACAAAGAAAAACAAGAAUGGGCGCACAAUCCGGACGACCUGGACACCAACAUCCGCUUGGCUAUGAACGGGAUCCGAGCAUUCCAAAGGGCCCAAGAGCAGUCGGACAACGCAGAAAAUUCGCAAGCGGAGAAUCCAGACGACAAGUCGGCCGACUUCCCGCGGAAGGGUUACAACAUUUACGGCCACGUGGGAGUGCUGGAGAUGUCUUUCAUCGUCUUUGAGUUCCUGGCUAAGCUUCCGUUCUUCCAGGAACGCGACCCCAUGACGAAAAAGUACUUCCAGAGCUUCCUCAACGGUUCCAUUCCCAUAGACAGCGUUCACAAAGCCAACAAUGCGGUCAACAACAAAUGUGCCGAAAUCAUCAAGGACCACGAGCCCUUCCUACUCAACCUGAAGCCUGAAGUCAAGAAGAAGUUUGACUUCCUCAACUGCUACUUCACCUACACCAAAGGCAACUUUGAGUUUGACACGGUCAACAACAGAACCGUGUGCGACCACUUCAAGAAGUAUGUGGAUCUCUUUUGCACGGCACCGGAGGAGCUGAGAAAAGUCAAAGAAGACAACCCCAAAUUGAAAUUAAACUUGAUCCUGGAGGAACACCGCAUCUAUCUGGAGAAGCACCAAGCGGACACCUUCUCUGGAGUUCUGCAACACUUGGACCGGUCCGCCGAGGAGAUGGAAAAGAUUGUGGAAUCUUACGCCUUCUUACAACAGAUGGUCAAGCAGAAGCAGAACAUUCAAGUGAAGCUCAAUUACAUUUUGGCAAACGUGGUCCUUUACCUUUUGCAGCCAAAGUCCAAGCUGCUGAAGAGCUACAAGCUGCUGAAGAGCUACAAGCAGCUGCGCGAUCUUCUCCUGGAGGCCCUGCAGGUCGUCGGGUACAAUUACACCGUCCCGGACCCGUACUACCUGGCUGUCCUCUUCUUCUGGCCCACGCCGUCCGAGGAAAACUCUGAAAUCCGAACAUACCUCAACGCCAUUCGCGCUUCGUCCCGCAAGCAUCUGUCCAAGUUGUUCUACAAGAGAAGCACCAUCGCGCACCUCUAUUUGGGAAAUGAAGACGGGCUCAAGAGACUGGUGUCCAAACCCAGCCUGGAUAGGAACUUCCUUCGCAAGAUGCCACGCGACAUACUGGCACAGCUGUGGUGGAACGGCGACAUCUUCAAGGAAAAGGACAUCAGCAGCCGCCUGCUGCGAGUCGCCGGCACCAUCGAGCAAGGCGAAGUCUUCGCCAACUACGGCAGACUGAAGAUUCCCGUGCAUCCGGCUCGCCGCAGCGGGAUUCGCAGCGGCUGCAGCACCGAGAAGAUUUCCUUCUAUCUGGGAUUUGCCGUCAACGGGCCGCUAGCGUACGACGUUCAGUAUGAAAACUGAACGGGUUCACGUCCUAUGGGCUCUCCGAACGUUUGCGAUCUGCCGUUGUAGCGACGCUAGCUAGCGCGCACGACUGCAGCGAGAAUGACGUCUGUAUGGAAAGCCGUUUGCGCAUUUAUUCCAUAUCUUGAGCUAUCCUGCUUAAGGUGCGUUGCACCGGGACGCCCUUUGUCCACAAUUCAGCGCACUAGUAGAACGAGCAUUUAGGUUAGUGUAAAACAGUCGUUCGAGUAGUGUUCAAAAUUGAGCGUAAGAGUUUAAGGAUAAAUGCUUGAGCAGUUUUCCCACUUGGAUGAGGUCCAGCCUCGAAAGGGAUCUGUGAUGGGAAACGCACUUUAUAGACGCUCACUUCCAACACAACCAAAUGCUGCAGUGCCCUGAAGCCACUCAAAGACUCGGUCACUCUUUGGGUGGAACCUUAAGCACUUUUGGCCUAGUUAGACACAACUUGCAAACAUAUUUUCAGCCAGUAAAACUCAAGUCAGGAAGAAAACACAAUUGUUGAAAUUAUUUUUAAAACAUUAAAACUAUUCAGACCCUUUGCUGUGACACUCACAUAUUGAACUCGGGUGCUAUUUCCAUUUCUUCCGCUCAUCGUUGAGAUGGUCCUCCACCUUCAUUGGAGUCCAGCUGUGUUUGAUGAUACUGAUUGGACUUGAUUAGGAAAGAGAAGACCUUACAGCUCACAGUGCAUGUCAGAGCAAAGGAGAAUCAGGAGUUUUGUUUGUCAGUCAGGUUUUGUUUCCAUUUUUGGUGUAUUCACGUGUUUCUUUGUUACUUUGGUUUUCUGUUGUGGGACUUUUGUUUAAGUUUCUUUUUCCAUGACCUUUGUUUCCCUUUGAUUUGGAAUGAAAUCUUUUUGGAGACUCCUGCACCCCUGCCUCACCUCCCUGCUUCCCCGGUCUUGGGUCCUCCGCGUUUUCGCCUCGACUUCCUCGCCUUCGAAAACUUUUGAAGCUUCAAUAAAUGUGAUGGAGUACAA